AUGGACCACUGCGAGCUCGACCUCCGUGGAUGCAAGGAGGCCAACCGCAAUUACGCCGAGCUCUGGAUCCGGCACGCGCUGCUGCUGCAGGCUCGUGUGCUGGACGUCAGGUACACCACUGUGUUCGAGAGCUGCCCUCUCGUUUCCAUGUUCUUGGAGGUGCUGCGUCUUGAGCGUGUGUACUUCGAGAGCCAUACUGCUCUGGAUCUUUCGAGCUGCUUUGCGCUGGAGAAUGUCGAGUUCUCCAUAUGCAAAAUCGGCGUCUAUGAGAUUAGGUGCCCACCAUCUGUGAAACGGUUGAGCAUGGUGAAGUGCCGUUUUCGUGAUGUUGUCAAUGGCCGGCAUAACGAUAACCACAAUCGUAUCUCUGCCCCGAGUCUCACUUCGCUCAAAAUAGAUGGCUGUGAUGGUCUGCCUCCUGUGCUUGAAAGCAUGCCAUCGCUGCAAGCUGCGUCUGUUUCGUUUGGCUGCUCGUUUGAAGCUGGCACCACCGUCUCCAGCAUAUGGUCACAUUUUAUCACGUGUGAAGCAACAAGCAACAGGUUGAUCAAUAAUACAAUUAAUAAAAACUUUUGUAAAACUUGUUUUCUUAUUAGAAAGUGUUCACUCAUUAUCGAGCUGAGGAAACAAAGGACAAAAUCCUCUUGUUCAUUUGUUCCCUCGCACCGCAGCCUUUGGCCCCAUAAUUUCCCAUCAGUGCCUGCAAUCCCAUCGUCUUCCUCUGAAUCUCCUGCGCCUCCGCGAUUGCUUUCAGUUGCGUUGGAACAAAAACUUGGCUCCCACAGCAACCACCACCUUACCAUUCAGUUCAGUGUCUCCUGGAGUAAAAUUGAGAAAACCUCACAUCGCCAACUUCAGAUUCAGAGUGCUGAGCACAAGAAAGGAAAGGCCAGGGGAUCGAUGGAGGCUGCCGUGGUCAGCGCUUCUCAUGGUGCUUUGGGCUCCCUGAUAGCGAAGCUUGGUGAUUUGAUCACAUCUGAGUACAAGCUGCUCAAAGAAGCUAAGGGACAGAUCAUGUUCCUUAAAGCUGAGCUAGAGAGCAUGCACGCGUUCCUGAAGAAGAUGUCAGACAUGGAAGAACCUGACGAGCAAGACAAGUGCUGGGUGAAGGAGGUACGUGAACUCUCCUACGAUAUAGAUGACAGUAUCAAUGAGUUCCUGCAUCGCGUCGAGCGCAAGUACAGCAGCAUGCCGCGUGGAUUCAAGGGGUUCAUGGAUAGAAGCAUGAGCCUGCUGACAACCAUGAACAUUCGGCAUCAGAUUGCGAAGGAGCUGGAAGGCCUCAGGAGUCGUGUCAUGGAGGUGAACGAGCGACGCAUGAGGUACAAGGUCGAUGAAACUGUUUCCAAGCCAAACAACACAGUCGUCGAUUCUCGUGUUUUGGCACUCCAUGCAGAGUCAGCCAGCCUUGUUGGUAUUGAGGAGCCCAGGGACCAACUGAUAAAAUUGAUGGAGGAAGAGAGUGUGCCUGCUUCACAUAAGCUAAAGGUGCUCUCUAUUGUCGGAUUUGGAGGUCUUGGAAAAACUACCCUUGCAAAUGAGAUUUAUCGCAAGCAAGAGGGCUUGUUCCUGUGUCAAGCUUUUGUUUCUGUGUCCCAAAAACCAAAUAUUAGGAAGGUACUAAGGACUAUACUAUCUCAAGUUGGCUUUAAACCUCCUAUGAACACCAACAUGGAAAUGUGGGAAGAGUCCGAAUUGAUUAGGACGCUGCAAAAUUUUCUUUUGGAUAAGAGGUACUUCAUUGUAAUUGAUGACAUAUGGGAUGCUCCUUCAUGGGAUAUUAUAAGAUGUGGUCUUCCAGAGAGCAUGAAUGGAAGCAGAGUAAUCACAACUACACGAAUCGAGACUGUCGCUAGAGCUUGCUGCACUAAUUGCUAUGAAUAUGUUUAUAAGAUGAAACCACUUAAUGAACAAGGCUCAAGAAGAAACUCACUAGACAAUAUCAAGGGUCUGAGAGAACUGACAAAUCUGACAAAUGUUGAAAUCGGAUAUUCUGACUACACAUCCACCAAUAGAGACAAGUUUGCUGCAAAAUGUAGGGAACUUGUGCACGCCCUUGGAAACAUUUGCAGCCUCAAAUGUCUACUUAUUCAUAGUGAUUACCUACCUGUCACUCUCAGAGCCUGCUUAGAUUCAUGGUGUUCAGUCCCAACUUCAUUCAUUCAUCUCCAGAGCUUUCAUGCAAUGUACGAUCGCUGGUUCUCGAGGAUUCCUGGGUGGAUUGGCCAGCACCAUAGCCUGUAUGACCUGGAGCUUAGUGUUCAGGAUGUGUAUGGGGAUGACGUUGGGAUUCUCUCACAGUUGCCCUCCCUUGUCCGCCUCGACUUGCACAUCCAUGGAGUUCCUAAAGACAAGAUCAUCAUCCGUGGAAGAGGAUUCCCUGCUCUCAAGCAUUUUACAGUUGGAUGUUUCAGGAUAUCGUACCUGGCCUUUGAGGCAGGGGCGAUGCCGAAGCUUGAAAGGCUCGGGCUAUGUUUCAAUGCACAGGGAUGGGACAGGUAUGGUGGUGUGCCUGCAGGCAUCGAGUACCUAUCAGGCCUCAAGGAAAUCGUCGGAGACAUUGGGAGCACAUUUGCAAAAGAAUCCAAUAGAAGGGCUGCAGAGUCUGCGCUCAGGGACGUGGCUGGCCUGCACCCAGGUCACCCUGUAUCCAACAUCAAACUGGUGGGCGGGAGUUUUGGUUAUAGUAUAGCAGUGCCUGAUAUAAAUUAA